CGAGACAAAAUGCUGUGCUAAUGAGCUGCUCAUAUAUAUACCUAUGUCGUGCUGUUAGAUAACCUGCUCAUUCUCGCUCAAUUGCACUCUAGACAUAUAGUCGCCAAGAUGAAGUUUUCUUUGGCUGUACUGGCACUUCCUAUUGCGGUCAAUGCUGCUUACUUCUCGGCCGCAGAAUAUGCUUCCGGUGCCGUGCAUCAAAGAUUAAUGAAGCUGAAGAAUGAUCAAUGGGAACAAGACGCAGCAGAAGGCAGACAAGAUCCUCACCAAUGGCCAUCAUGGAAAACCUGGAAGAAGGGAGAUUGGAAAAAGGGGGAUCGUAUCCGGUGCAAGAACGGCUUAGCUAUCGUUGAACCAGGCAAUGCAAACCAAACUUUCCGUUGCAACAACAUUGAUCUCUACGACUUCGUCAACCACGCUGAUUUGGGUGGGCCCGAAGGGCGUGGUUCCUCCAGCUGGGGUUGGGCGGCACGCAAUGGUCGCGAAUUCGGAAUUGUAGGGCAGCUCUCUGGUGCUGCUUUUGUCGAAAUCCUUCCCAACGGUCAGAUUCAGUACUUGGGUCGACUACCAGCGCAAAGCGAGGGCUCAAGAUGGCGCGAAAUUCGCGUGUUGAAGGAUUGGGUCAUCAUCGGAAGCGAAGCUGUUGGCCACAAUGUUCAGAUCUUUGACCUCAACAAACUACUUGACCUCGACCCAAAAAACCCAAAGACUUUCGAUCCUAAAACUGACCUUGUUGGUCUUUGGGAUGAGCUACCGGUUGGUCGUACGCACAACGUUGUUGUCGAUUGGGACAAUGAGUACGUCCUUGCUGUUGGCGCCCAGCCACGCAAUCAAACCUGCAAAGCUGGUCUCCAGUACAUUGACCUGUCGGACCCUACCAAGCCGAAGUCUCCAGGCUGUGCUAGUCAGGAUGGAUAUGUCCACGAUGCUCAGUGUGUAACGUACAAUGGUCCCGAUCGUAGGUACCGUGGGAGAAAUAUCUGCGUUGGCUACAAUGAGGACACCAUCACGGUGUAUGAUUCAACGAAGAAAGAUGGCAAUCCCGCUUCCGAGGUGCUUUCUCGCCUCUCUUACCCCGGUGCCACUUACGUUCAUCAAGGAUGGUGGACCGAACGGAAUUGGCAUCAAUACGUUCUUGUGAACGACGAGCUUGAUGAGCAAAGAGCUGUCGGUCCAGCAGCGUCAGGCCGCCCCGUUACCCACAUUAUUGACCUUACCGAUCUUCGCAACCCCAAAACAACAGGUACUUUCUUUGCCACAGACCACAAAGCUAUCGACCAUAACCUCUACAUUGUCGAUGGCCUUGCGUACCAGAGCAACUAUGGCGCUGGACUUUGGGUACACGAUAUUCGAUCUGUUGCCAAAGAUCCUUCUGGGAGCGGGGUCUCGGUUGAAGGAUUUUUCGAUAUUUAUCCGGAAGAUGAUGCACAGGGUGGUAUUGUCCAGUUUGUGGGCACUUGGUCGCACUUCCUCUUCCCCUCCGGAUUCAUCUUGGUAAACACCAUCGAGCGUGGCGCGUUUACUGUCAAGCUUUCUAAAGGCCGUGGAGCUCGUCGUGGUCGUGGGUUUGGUGGGCCCUCUAAGGGUAGUGGUAGAGAUAGGUAGAUGAUAUAGAAUGAGGU